UUAUUUCAAAAUUUAACAGAAGGUUCAGACCGUGAAAAUCUCAUGAGGUUAUUGCGGAUGAAGAACAAAAAAACUCAGGUGCAUGAACGUCUUAUUGCUAAAUUAAGUGAAGCAGAUGUUAAGAACUUGGUUGAAGAGAAUUAUGACCGAGAAUGUAUAGCCAGGAACGUUACUGAUGUCCUUUUACAAGAAGCGAAGUCUAAUGAAUUUUAUAAAGUUCUUAGAGAUUCUGAAAACACCAAGAUGCCAUUAUUACCUCCCGAAUGUGAUGUUGAAGUAACGAGAGGUGAACGCAAAGUGUUGCCAGUAAAGACUGAAAUUGCAACAGAACAGUAA